AAAAGAAGAAGAAAUAGUCCCCGCCUCCUGCAUGCACACCGCGAAUUUUUGAAAAUAACGACUGGUUCAGUUGCAAGGCGUAAAGAGGUAUAUCAACAGCCACACAUUAAAACCUAUUGUCUGACAUCUGAACAUCAUGACAUCCAUUACGGAUCCCAAAAUAAGUGAAAGGUUCACUGCUGCAAUGGAGGAGAUCCAAAACAAAAAGUUUAAAACAUAUGGGGAGAUAAUUGACACAACUGCAGAGCUGGGCCAGUCCCACAGACAGUUUGUGAAGUCUGCACUUGAUACAUGUUUAAAGAAAUGUAAGGACGAUGAGAUGCUGUUUGAGACAAUACAGACAUUCAAAAGAGACUUGAAACAAAAAAAUGCAUCACUGAAAGAGAAACAGCACGCCAUUUCCGACUUGAUGUCUGAGAUUGAGCAGAAAGAGAUGCAGAAAGAUGACAUUAUCCAGAAGAUAGAGAAACUUAAAGAAGAACAAGCCAAGAGAAAAGAGCUAAUUUUGUCUCAACAUAAAGCAAACAAAGACAGACUGAGGAAUCUCCAGAAAGCCAGAUUAGUCUUUCAGGAUAAUUUGGGAAUGGAGAUACGAACAAUCAUCGGCAAAACACAAUCGAUUAAAGGUGAACAGUUGCAGUUUAUUUUUCGGCACAUCAACCCUUUAGAUCAGGACAGCGCCUACGUUGUCACAAUGGGGAUUAAAGAAGACGGAUCAUACCAGAUUGUGUCGAGUGACCCCGUGCUCGAGUGUUUGCCAGUACUGGAAAGCCGGCUUCAGGAGACCAAUAACUUACCAGCAUUCCUGGCAAACGUCAGGAAGGAAUUUGUCUCUCUUGCACGAUGCUAAGAUUGUGGAGUUCAGCCUCGAACAGGUGUUCUGGUGGAGAUAUGACCCUUGUCUUUUAUGUCUCUAAAUCCUGCAAAAAUCACUAGUUGGCUGUAGAUGUUCUUCAAAAGUAACGAAAGAUUCACAGAUGAUGUAAAUAGUUUUCAUUUAUUUUCUCAUGUCAUCUCUGAGAUUAAAGGGGGUGAGGAUAAGAUAAGUACAUAGUUUCUAUUUUCACUAGCUCCAUUAUUACUUAUAUUAAUCAUAUUCAUUUAAAUACGUAUUUAUCAAAUACUAUAGUUAGGUUCAUCUGUACAAAAUGUGGCAUAUAUAAUUGGGGGGGGGGGGGGGGGGGUCAUUUGGGUAUAAGAAUUCACAUACAGUAUGAAUUUUAACAGCAUUACAAAAUACAAAUCAUUACGUUUUUCCCAACAUUACAAAUUUAGGGGGAACAAUGACAAAACCGACACUGUCAGCAGAGGAACAUGUAUUGUUAAACUGAAUGCUUCUGUCUUUUUUAACCACUUAAAAGCAACAAAUUACUUCAGCCUCCACAAACAAUAUGUGUUUUAGUUGGGAUGAGGUAUCCAGUUGUUACCAUCAUAUUUGUGGCAAUGCAGAAGUUCCUCUUUGAUUUUUUGCUGACGUCAGUCAGGCGUCAGAUGAUUUGACUUUGUGCAACACAGGCAACUCCUCAACAUAGGUUGAUGGAAAAUGGCCUGUCUUACCAUUAAGUUCACCAAACCACCAACCAUUCUCCUCCUUUUUGUGAAUGUCUAGAAGAUCUCCUGUAAAACCAUAACCCAGUAAUCUUAUCAGAUUAGUCAUAAACCUGCUACUAUUUUAGAUUUUCUGCAGUUGAGUUGCCACUUACCUUCUUUCAAAGACAAUUCAUCAUCCUGUUCAGAUGUGAAAUUGUACAGGGCCUUGCAUUUUCCUAUACUGCAUGACUCUGGUGGUGUUAGACCUAUUCAAUGUUGAUAUAAUUAUUAUUAGUUUUAAUUUCAAGGUGUGAUGAAUAGAAAUAAAUCUUUGUGUUGGUGCUCUGAAAA